UUGCCCUUAAACUCUUUUUUCUUUUUUUCUCCACUUUUUUUAUUCUUUUCUUUUUCUUUUUCUUUUCCUUUCUUUUUACUCCUUUUUUUUAUUUUGGUAAAUCCAUCAUGUCCGCUGAAUUGAAAGCCGAAGUUCCCAUUUCUCCUGAAAAAAUUGAAAAGGCUGCUUCCUCCACUGCUCAAUCUGCGAAGUCUUUCUUAUCUGGUGGGUUUGGUGGUAUGGCUGCAGUAUUAGUUGGUCAACCUUUUGAUCUUGUUAAGGUUCGUCUUCAAACUACUGAAGGUGUAUAUAAGAGUACUGGAGACUGUUUCAAACAAAUUCUUAAAAAGGAUGGUAUCUUUGGUCUUUAUCGUGGUAUGGCUACUCCAUUAGCAAGUAUUACUCCCAUCUUUGCUGUUAGUUUCUUCUCAUAUGAUCUCGGUAAGAAGAUUGUUACUAGCUUCCGAUCUGACAAGACAGAACGUCCUUUGAAUUUGGCUGAAAUUACUUUUGCUGGUGCCUUCUCUGCUGUACCCACUACAUUAUUCAUGGCUCCUUCUGAACGAGUUAAGGUAUUGAUGCAAAUUCAAGGACAAGGUGGAGAACAAAAAUACAAAGGACCUUUGGAUGUGGUUCGUCAAUUAUAUAAAGAAGGUGGUGUAAGAUCUAUCUUCCGUGGUACCGGUGCUACUUUAUUACGUGAUUCUCCUGGUUCUGCUGCUUACUUUGUUGCUUAUGAAUUGAUCAAGAAAGGUUUGACUCCUGCUGGUGCAAAACCUGAUGAUCUUAGCUUUGGUUCUGUUAUUUUCGCUGGUGGUAUGGCUGGUGUUGCUAUGUGGUCUAUUGCUAUUCCUCCUGAUGUUAUCAAGUCUCGUCUUCAAUCUGCUCCUGCUGGUACUUAUACUGGUAUGUUGGAUUGUUUACAAAAGACUAUUAAAAUCGAUGGUCCUCGUGCUUUAUUCAAGGGAUUAGGUCCUGCUAUUCUUCGUGCUUUCCCUGCUAAUGCUGCUACAUUUGUUGGUGUUGAAUACUCUUUAAAGGCUAUGAAUAUGAUGUUUUAGAUUAGAUUAUUAUAGAAUAAUAUAUUCCCCCCCCUUUCUCUAUUCUCUCAUGAUUACUUUAGUAUAUUUAUGGUUAUUAUUAGUGGGAAAAAGAGAUAUGAUUGGUCUCUUUUUUUUUUUUUUUUGUAUUUGUCCUAUGG